AUGCAGCUGGCCGCCUGCUUCUUUUUGGGCUGCGGCGUAUUCUUAGCUUCAGGGUACAACUCCUUCAGUAAGAGCAUGGAGACGAUAGGCAAGAAGCAGUACCAGGUUCAGCACGGGUCGUGCAGCUACACCUUCCUUCUGCCCGAGGCGGACAACUGCCGCUCCUCCGCUCCCUACGUGUCCAACGCGGUGCAGAGGGAUGCGCCCCUGGACUAUGAUGAUUCAGUUCAAAGACUGCAGCUGCUUGAGAACAUCAUGGAAAACAACACUCAGUGGCUAAUGAAGCUUGAGAAUUACAUCCAAGACAGUAUGAAGAAAGAAAUGGUAGAGAUCCAGCAAACUGCAGUGCAGAACCAGACUGCAGUAAUGAUUGAAAUAGGCACAAACUUGCUAAAUCAAACAGCUGAACAGACCCGCAAAUUAACAGAUGUUGAAGCACAAGUAUUAAACCAGACAACCCGUCUUGAACUUCAACUUUUGGAACACUCUCUUUCAACAAACAAACUAGAAAGACAGAUUUCAGAUCAGACCAAUGAGAUAACUAAAUUACAAGAAAAAAACAGCUUUUUAGAAAAAAGAGUACUUGAGAUGGAAGACAAGCACAUGCUUCAGCUGAAGUCAAUAAAAGAUGAAAAAGAUCAGCUUCAAGUCCUAGUAGCCAGACAGAAUUCUAUUAUAGAAGAACUAGAAAAACAGUUAGUUACAGCUACAGUCAACAACUCAGUUCUGCAAAAACAGCAACAUGAUCUGAUGGAGACUGUUCAUAGCUUGCUUACUAUGAUAUCAACACCAAACUCUAAGAACAACUUCAUAGCCAAAGAGGAGCAAAUCAGCUUCAAAGACUGUGCUGAAGCUUUCAAAUCUGGACUGACAACAAGUGGAAUCUACACUUUAACAGUUUCAAACACUGCACAAGAGAAGAAGGCCUACUGUGACAUGGAAACCGGUGGAGGAGGUUGGACAGUUAUUCAGAAGAGAGAAGAUGGCAGUGUGGACUUCCACCGGACAUGGAAGGAGUACAAGAUGGGAUUUGGUGAUCCUGCUGGGGAGUACUGGCUGGGAAAUGAGUUUGUUUCUCAACUGACUAAUCAGAAGCGUUACGUUCUUAAAAUACAACUGAAAGACUGGGAAGGAAAUGAGGCAUAUUCAUUAUAUGACCACUUCUCUCUAGCAAGUGAAGAACAAAAAUACAGGAUUUACCUUAAAGGACUUACUGGGACAGCAGGCAAAAUAAGUAGUAUAAGCCAACCAGGAAAUGAUUUUAGCACAAAGGAUGCGGACAAUGACAAAUGUAUUUGCAAAUGUUCACAAAUGCUAACAGGAGGAUGGUGGUUUGAUGCAUGUGGUCCUUCUAACCUCAAUGGAAUGUAUUAUCCAUUACGACAGAACAACAACAAGUUUAAUGGCAUCAAGUGGUACUACUGGAAGGGCUCGGGAUACUCUCUCAAAGCUACAACUAUGAUGAUUAGACCAGCAGAUUUCUAA